AUGGCAGACGAAAGCAAAACUCUCCGAUAUGUCGAUAUUGGAAUAAACUUGAGUGACCCAAUGUUCAGUGGGACAUAUCACGGAAAGCAAGCUCACGAAUGUGACUUGGACGAUGUGAUCCAGCGUGCUCGGGACGUGGGUUGUGAGAAAUUUAUGGUCACCGGUUCUGAUCUGGUCGAGUCUGAGGAAGCUGUGAAGAUUGCCCGCAACUACCCCGGAUUCUGUUAUGCCACUGUCGGUGUGCAUCCUUGCCAAGCCAAGCUGUUCGACGAACAUCCCGAAGGGCCCACCAAGAUGCUGGAAGAGCUUCGGAAGCUGGCCAUCGAAUCUAAGGAAUCCGGAUUUGCUGUUGCCUUUGGUGAAAUCGGCCUUGACUAUGACCGACUCUUCCACAGUGCCAAGGAGCCCCAAUUGAAAUACUUCGAGGCUCAAUUGGACCUUGCGAUUGAGAUUGGCAUGCCCCUCUUCCUCCAUUCACGUGCUGCGAGUGAAGACUUUGAGAGAUUGAUUGGCGAGAAGCUUCCUCACUUGCCAAAGGGUGGUCUUGUGCACAGUUUCACAGGAACUAUGGAGGAAAUGCAAAGAUUGGUUGCUUUGGGCCUUGAUAUCGGCAUCAACGGGUGCAGUAUGAAAACUGAAGAUAAUCUGGAGGUUGUGAAGGCUGUUCCGUUAGAAAGACUUCAGAUUGAAACUGAUGGACCCUGGUGCGAAAUCCGUCCUUCACAUGCCUCAGCAAAGUUUUUGACCGGCGCUCCGGAAUUACCUAAAGCUUUUAAAAAGGAGAAGUGGCAGAAGGGCUCUAUGGUCAAGGGCCGGAAUGAACCUGUGGCCAUCGCUCGUGUUGCUCAUGUUAUUGCUGAGGUCAAGGGAAUCUCCGUCGAAGAAGUUUGCGAAGCUGCUUGGAAUAACUCGAUCAAGAUGUUUGGGUUGGGAGCAACUCAGUGA